GUGCCUUCCCAUAUCUCAUCCUUCUUUUUCAUUUCAAAAACAGAAAGCCAUUUAAUUUACUUUUAUCAUUAGUUUUCUGUCUCUGUGGUCACCAAUGGAAGUUAAUGCUACCACCACUGUACCUGCAGGGCCACCUAGAAAGAACCAUACUUUCAUACACCAUUAUCAUCACUUACAUUCAGAAAAACAUUAUCAUAGCCAUGGCCAUUUUUCCUUCAAAACCAUUCUCAUAGCCAUCAUAUUUGUGGCCUUAAUUAUGCUAAUAUUUACCAUUUUUAUGGUUGUAUGGUUGAUCCGUCGUCAAAAAUCUUCCAAAGAGAAUGGGACUUCCAAAGAUGACAGUGAGAGUAGAGUGCUUCAUGACAAAACCAACAGGCUCAUGGCUUCAACAAUCAUGUCAUUUGAUUCUAGCCCAGAUGUUAAAGGUGGGUGUCUUUAUGGGGGAAACUUGAGCAGGACACCAACACCUAAAUUUAGAGGAGUGCAAGUUUUCACGUAUAGGGAGCUAGAAGUUGGUACGGAUGGGUUCGAUGAAGCAAAUGUGAUUGGUAAUGAAGCAAAUGGAUUGAUGUAUAAAGGAAUACUAAGUGAUGGUACUUUGGCAGCAAUUAAGUUGCUGCACAGUGAGGGUAAGCAAGGAGAGCGUGCUUUCAGAAUAGAGGUCGAUCUCCUUAGCCAAUUGUGCUCUCCUUAUUUGGUGGAGUUACUUGGCUAUUGUGCUGACCAACACCACAGGUUAUUGAUUUUUGAAUACAUGCCCAAUGGUACACUCCAACACCAUCUUCAUUCCCACAAGGAUCAAACUCAACUAUUGGAUUGGUGGACCCGGAUGAGGAUAGCCCUUGAUUGUGCUAGAGCCUUGGAGUUCCUGCAUGAACAUGCUAUCUCACCCGUGAUCCACAGAGACUUCAAGAGUUACAAUGUUCUACUGGAUCAGAAUUUCCGUGCCAAGGUGUCAGAUUUUGGUUUGGCUAAGAUGGGAUCAGAGAAGAAAAACGGUCAGGUUUCUACCCGUGUGCUGGGGACCACUGGAUAUCUAGCACCAGAGUAUGCCUCUACCGGUAAGCUUACUACAAAAUCAGAUGUUUACAGCUAUGGCGUGGUUCUUCUCGAACUGCUAACGGGACGUGUACCAGUUGAUAUUAAGCGGCCUCCUGGAGAACAUGUCCUUGUUUCUUGGGCUCUUCCAAGGUUGACAAACCGAGAAAAAGUGGUGGAAAUGGUUGAUCCAGCUUUACACGGGCAGUAUUCCAAGAAGGCUUUAAUUCAGGUAGCUGCCAUCGCAGCUAUGUGCAUACAGCCAGAAGCUGAUUACAGGCCACUCAUGACAGAUGUUGUACAAUCAUUGAUACCAAUUAUGAGGAACCAGUCUCUUUCUAGUUCCCUAAGAUUUCAGAAACAAAUACCAAGUCAUUAGAUAUGUAGUGACAAAAUUGCAAUAUCAUACUUGAUGGGACACCUUCGGAUUGGAUAGAACUGCAGAAUUCCUUCACCUUUACUGAAAGGAGAAGAGAGGAGAGGAGAGAAAAAAGAGCAACACAGACGAUUCAAAUAAGCCUAAAAGAGCCAAUAAGGACAAUUAUUUGCAUUAGUUAUAGAUGCAUUUAGUUCUAAAUGUUUUAUUAUUUUAUUUUAAUAUCCAUAUCAAAUGUAUCUUUCUAAGAAUGGACUUGCUAAGAUACAUGGUACAAAACUUGGAGGAAUGUGAAGUUUUUAAUAAUUAAGGAGAACAUUUUGUCUGUAUGAUAAUGAAAUUAAUAUUCAAUCAUUUUAAGA